AUGUCAUGGACUCCUAGUUCUUGUGUAAUGCGAAAGAAACUACCACAUCCCCGACUUAGUGUUAGUGGUGAGACUAUCACACAGAAUGGACACCGUUGGAUUCGUCUUGACAUUUCAACCUCAAUGAAUAAUAUUGCAUUGGAACAUGAGGUUGCGGGCUACUUUAUACUCCGUGAUAUGGGUCAGGGUUUAGGGUUUCGUCUUGGAAUGUUUGAUGGGGCCAUCAGUAUAUCUACUGUUCAGUGGUUAUGUAAUGCUGACAAAUUCUCUCACAACCCUCAUCUAAGAUUGAAAGCUUUUUUUACAUCUUUAUACAGAUGUUUGACAAUUGGUGCUAGAGCAGUAUUUCAAGUGUAUCCUGAAAAUUUGGAUCAGCUUGAAUUGAUUUCUAAAGCUGCAAUCAGUGCUGGAUUUGGAGGGGUUAUAUUGGAAGAUUGGCCAGAGAGGUAUGAAUAAAUCUUAUAAUAUUAUUGGAGCUCACUCAUUUUAUCGAGAUUUAUGUGAUGGACUUGAAUUGACAGAGUUGUCUCUUAUAAUGAAUUAGACUUAGAAUCUACUAUUCUUUGGAAGUUGAGAUAGAGAAGAUGAAAAUAAUGUAGUAUUAGAUAAUAGACAGUAAAUUGUAAGCAAUUGAAUUGAGUCUAAGACUUUUAUUAUGAUUACUGAUAUUUGGUGAAAUUCUUAUGUUGGUUUGGUAAAAUAAUACAUAUGUGACAUUUACAAGGAUAAUAAUAUAUUUUCUAUAUGGACUUAAGGGAAGGAUCAAGGAUCUGUAUGUGCUUUUUUUUUGUUAUAAUCACAAUUAUCUUUUUGUAAGUUGUGAUGAUCAUCUAUAUAAGUGAGAACCUGCUCAAAUUAAUCUAUUUUCUUAAAUUGUAUA